CUAAAACAUAAUACAGUGCAAACAAACCAAACCAACCACCCACAGAUAACAGUACAUACAAGCAAGCGUCGUCAGGCAGGCCGGGUCAAUAUCAAUAGGGCAGGUAGGUACAGGGGGAGCAAGCGGAGAUGGGUCGGGGUCACAGGCCAGGUUCAGCAGGUAGCAAGCAGCGUGGUACAGAGGGUCAGGCAGAGGGAUGGUCAGGAGUGAGCCGGGAUCAGAGCAGGAGAAGUCAGCAGCGGUUCAGAUCAGGCAGGGUCAGCAAAGGAACAGAAACAGGAUGCAGGACAGAUACAGGGCCCAGGACAAACACAACACCAAGGCAGAGUCUGCAAGUCUGGCCA